AUGUCCCGACCCAAUACCAUCUUUGGUGGUGCCCUAAUAGGCACUAGCUUCACCACCCCAGAGCAAGUUCAAGAACUUCUUGACCAACUAAAGGUCCUGGAGAUUGACCGUAUCGACACUGCAGCCCGGUACUCGCCCACGAACCCAGGCGCUUCGGAGAGGUUGCUUGGUGAGACGCAAGCCGUGAAGCAGAAUUUCAUUAUCGACACGAAAAUCAAUACCGUGGGAACCUCCAGUGGCGAUGGCGCGGGGACACUUGCUCCAGCUGCUAUUGAGAAUUCCAUUACCGAAAGUUUUGGUCGACUGCAACUGGAAAAAGUGAACGUCCUUUAUUUCCAUCAGCCGGAUCCGCAGACACCCAUCUCGGAACAAGCUGCUGCAAUUCAUGAACAAUAUUUGAAGGGCCGCUUUGAAAAGUUCGGGUUGUCAAAUUUUCCAACGGAGAUGGUGGCAGCGUUUCUCGCCGUUUGCGAGGACAAGAACUAUCUGAAGCCGUGCGUGUACCAAGGUCUAUAUAAUCUCCUGAGCCGGGAGACUGAAGGAACACUUUUCCCACUACUGCGGCAACACGGUAUCGCAUUCAAUGCCUAUAGUCCUCUCGCAGGCGGUUUUCUAACAGGGCGAGCAACCCGCGGCGAUAUCGAGGGCACACGAUUCGCACCAGGAAACCAAGUCUUUGGGAGAUUGAAUACCAUGUACGACAAGCCCGAGAUGCAUGCCGCGAUAACCGACCUCCAGGACACGAUCGAGCCACUCGAGAUCACUGGAUCCGAGGCGUGUCUUCGGUGGAUCUAUUACCAUUCCAUUUUGCGUGAGGGUGACGGGGUGAUCCUGGGAGCGAGCAAAAUACCCCAGAUUGUGCAGAAUGUGGAGCAUCUGGCUAAGGGGCCUUUGCCGGAGGAGGUUGUGCUGAAGAUUGACUCGCUCCGGGACCAGCUUCGCUGA